GGCACGCCGGGAGGAGGGGCGACGUCCCGCGGUGCACGCUGGGAAGCGCCCGGUCGGGCCGCGGAGGGGGGGUCUGGCUGGAGCGUCGCGGGGGGGAGCAGCCCCGCGCCCAUGGCCGAGCAGGACGCUCCCGGUGCCCGCGGGGUCGAGGCCGAGCCGGGCGCCGAGUCGCCGGCCUCCGAUUCCGACGCCGACUCUGACGCCGGCGCUUCGGGCGAGUCCGAAAUGGAGUUCCUGCGAAAUCUCCUCUCCCGGACCCUGGGGCUGGGCGGCGAGAAGCCGGAGAAGGUGCUGGACGAGUUGACGCUGGAGGGAGUGAGCCGCUUCAUGCAGAGCGAGAAGUGUCGGAACGUCGUGUGUAUGGUGGGAGCCGGGAUUUCGACGUCCGCGGGGAUCCCCGAUUUCCGCUCGCCCGGCACCGGCCUUUACGCCAACCUGCAGAGCUACAACCUCCCCUACCCCGAGGCCAUCUUCGAGAUCAACUUCUUCAAGCAACACCCGGAGCCCUUCUUCGCCCUCGCCAAGGAGCUCUACCCGGGGCAGUUCAAGCCCACGGUGUGUCACUACUUCAUGCGGCUGCUCAAGGAGAAGGGCCUGCUGCUGCGCUGCUACACCCAGAACAUCGACACGCUGGAGCGCGUGGCCGGGCUGGAGCCGGACGAGCUGGUGGAGGCCCACGGCACCUUCUUCACCUCCCACUGCCUCCGCUCCUCCUGCCGCCAGCAGUACAGCCUCGACUGGAUGAAAGAGCGGAUUUUCUCGUCUCUGAUCCCCAAAUGUGAGAAGUGUCAGAGCUUGGUGAAACCAGACAUCGUCUUCUUCGGCGAGAGCCUGCCCUCGCGCUUCUUCACCCUGCUGCAGUCGGACUUCCAGAAGGUCGAUCUGCUCCUCGUCAUGGGCACCUCGCUGCAGGUGCAGCCCUUCGCCUCCCUCGUCGGCAGGGUCCCCAGCAGCACCCCCCGGCUCCUCAUCAACAAGGAGAAGACGGGGCAGAGUGACCCCUUCAUGUCCCUCAUGGGCUUCGGCAGCGGCAUGGACUUCGACUCGGACAAGGCCUACAGGCACGGGGGGGGUCCCGGGGUGCUGGGGGGGGGGGCAGGCUCCGCCCCCUAG